CUCUUGGUUGUCUCAGGCUGUAGUUGGACAGGCUUUAGUUGAGCUGAGUUGAGCAAACUUGUCUCGACUUAGAGACCAUGGGCCUGGAGUUAGCAAGCUACGGAACAGAGUAUUGUGAGGAGAUGGCGGAUGUUGAUUUCAGCGAUUCAGAGGUAGUCUCUUAUGUUCGAGACACCCUUAAAUCCGUCUCUCAGGGUGACACCGACCGUUUUAACCAGCUAAUUGGAGUCAUGCAUUACACUGAAGGUCUUGCUCCAGAUGAUGUCGCCUUGCUUGUGACAAGUUUGAAGGCACUUUCUGGAGUGGUUUCCUAUGUUGAUAUUGUUCUCCAUGAAGCUCUUCUAUCAUCUAUUUUUGGGAUGAGUAUGUGGAACUAUGGACCUGAUGUUAUGGAUCCGUUAGUGGAACUAAUUAAAUCUUUGGCUGCUUCAAAUGGAGCAUUUGUUGAUUCAUGUUUGGAUAUGCUUGUUAGGAAUUUUAUGCCACCCAAAUCCUUCAUAGGUUUUUUGAGACAGCCCCGGGGCUGUGCAAGAAAGGAUGAGGUUCUUAAUCGGGUGCAUUCAGCGUUGACUGACAUUGCUUACUUGGUGCCACUUGCUCCCUCUAGAUUGUUGCCCAUAAUUCUAAAGAGAAUGCCAAACAUGUUUGAUAAUGAAGCUUUACUCGUGAUGUAUGUGGAGAGCAUGUUAAGGCUGGAAAGCAGUGCAAUUGGAGAACUUAUUGGUAGCACAAUGUUAAUGGCAGUGGUGGACAGGCUUGUAGAUUUAGAUGUGGAGAUAGGAUGGGAUGACAUUAUACAGGAGGACUCAAGUAAAGGAAUAUUUCACAUGGAAUUAGAAGAUUUAGAGGAAGCUGCAGAUUAUGCUGCGAAAGAUGGAUCCGAGUUUUUGAAAGGAACUUUGUGUGGACUGAAGUCAAUGAACUUUGGAGGCAAUGUGGUUGCUGAAAAAUUGGAUAGCUUGAUGGUACUCACUUGCCAACAUUUGGAAUCAUGUUAUGAUGAAGGCCGUCUUACAAAGGUAUUUGAUACUCUUCUUCAAUCCUUUCGGGUCACUGUUCUCAAUGCCUACAAGUCAAAGUUUGCUCAGUUUGUGAUGUUCUAUGCUUGUUCACUGGAUCCUGGAAGUUGUGCUGUGAGAUUUGCCAACUUGCUUUCAGACAUAUUUCUGUGUGAGACUCACCCUCCACUUACUAGGAUGGGUGCUGCUGCUUAUCUUGGUAGUUAUUUGGCCCGUGCGAAGUUCUUGCCAUCCUCUUUGAUUGCCUACAUGUUGAAAAGACUCGUUGGUUGGUGUUAUAAAUAUAUCCAAAUUCAGGAUGGUGAAGUGAAGACAAUAAAUCCAGUGACUCAUAGGAUCUUUUAUUCUGGGUGCCAGGCUGUCAUGUAUGUGCUUUGCUUCAGAAUGAGCUCAAUGGUUGACGUCCCUCCUCUCAAAUCACAGCUUUUCCAAAUGCCUUUAGAACAAAUCUUGCAUCACCCACUGGAUCCAUUGAAGGUGUGCCUGCCCUCAAUAGUGAAGGAAUUUCUCCGACAGGCAAAAGCAGCUCGCCUGUUCACACUGUCGGAAAACUUCCUUUUCAGUGACUUGCUGGAAUCAGAUUUGUCCAAGGCUUUUGGAGGGAUGCAAAGAUUGGACAUGUUCUUCCCUUUUGACCCAUGUUUAUUGAAGAAAUGUGACAGGUUUAUACGCCCAAAUUUUGUGUACUGGUCAAUGGUUAGAACUACAUACGAUGAAGAAGAUGAAGCAAUCACUGAAGAAGAUGAUAAUGAUGUCGUGUCAGAUGAUGCUGCUGCUAGGAGCUUUGAUGAGCAUGACAUUGAUCUGGAUGAAUUUGAGUACUCAAUGAACAAAAUGUCCAUUACUCCGAGGAAUUCCUCAAAGCAUGGGUUGACCAGUGGGCUUCGGGCACCCAUGAGAAUGCCUGCUAAAAUAAGGCCUUCUACGAGUCCAGAAUCCCUGUGAUUUCAUAAAUGCUCCUCUCAAUGGUGAGGAACCAAAAUUUUGGAUGCUUAUGAAAAUAAAAAACUAUGAUAAUGAGCCAAUUUUGCUGCGAUUACACCUUUUAAGUACGACUGAGGUC